UGGUCAUUACAGCUUUACAUGAAAGGGGCGUUAUAGUUUAGCCUUGUGUGGCUUGCUCUUACACUCGCUGCCUAGUAUUAAGGCCAUCUUCAGAUCACCGUUUUGCCAUGCGAUCUCGCGGCUCGAAAUUCCUAACGGAGCUUGGCGCGCGGGUGCGGCGGGAAAAGACACGAAGAGGAAGCUUAUCUCCCCGCAAGCCAUUGACAGGUCUCAAAAGUACAUAACCUCGUGUGCAUUUCUCUUUUGCAUUCAUACUCAUCAUCUUUCUUCUAUCUUGUCUCCACUUUAUCCAUGCAGAGACCUAACCACCACAAAGUCCUCGUCAUUGGGGCGGGAAUAUCUGGUAUCAAAGCUGCCGCGGAACUCCACAAACAGGGCAUCGAUUGCCUUGUGCUAGAGGCGAAGAACGUGCUCGGAGGCAGAAUAUAUACCGAUAGGUCCACCGACACGCCAUACGACAUUGGCGCCUCCUGGUUCCACGACUGUCUCGACAAUCCGCUCUUCGAAAAGUACCAGAAAGAGUUGAAGAACCAGGCGGGGUCGGGGUUCUUCUUCGACGAUGGCCCUAUGGCGGUUAUCACCGAGAAGGGCUACAUUGACGAAACGUUUGCCAAGCUCAAGCCGGUAUCCGAGGAGAUUGUGGCGUAUAUUGCACUCACGUACAGCCAAAACCCGGAGAAGCCUGAUGUAUCCCUCCACGCGAUCAUCCAGGAAUACCUUGCGGCCUACGGCCACCUCUUGACACCAGUGCAGAGGCAGUACAGUCCACAGUUGGCGCGCUUCUUUGAAUUGUGGUUCGGGGCUUCCUGGGACAUGCUCAGUGCCAAAGAGUGCUGUGAAAUGGCCCACGCGGGCAGAAACGCGUUUGUCACUAAUGGCUUCGACACGGUGUUCCAGAACGAGUUGAAAGAGUUUCCCGUAGCCCAGAUCAGAAAGAAUACGGUUGUUCAUGGUAUCACCAAGACUGACUUUGGUGUCCGCGUUGCUGCCAGGUCAAACGGCGAAGGUGUUGUUUUUAGUUGCGACUACUUGAUUGUGACCAUCCCCCAGGCGGUGCUAUCGUUGCCUUCGUCGCAGCCUAACUCGGUCAAGUGGACCCCCUCGCUUCCGCACCGAAUUGUGUCCACGUUCCAAAAGAUGAGCGUGGCCUCCUUGGGCAAAAUCGUGCUUGAGUUCGACUCUGUGUUCUGGGACAAGUCUUUGGACCGCUUCUUGUGUCUUUCCAGCCCUGAAACCAUCUCCGUGAAGGCCCCACGGUUAUCGAUGAAGGGUGACCCGCGCACUAUCACGGUUGAUACCAACCCGAAACCAUGGUCUUACCCGAUCUUGUUUGUGAACUACCAUGCGGUUGCCGGAAAACCGGCUCUCUUGGCGAUCAUCGCGGCCCCCUUGACCCAGCACGUUGAAACUGCGUCUGCGGAAAAGAUUUGGGAAAUCAUGCAGCCUAUGGUGGCUCAAUUGUCGAAAGUAGCUGAUCCUCCAAAACCAAAACGCAUUUUGACUACAAAGUGGACUCAGGAUCCGUAUGCGCUCGCCACGUACUCUUCUGCUGAGCCGGGAGACUUACCUCAAGACGAGGCCAUUUCUCUUUUGAAUGAAGGAUACGGAAAUAUCCGUUUUGCAGGGGAGUACACGAUUGUGUACGGUAACGGAUGUGCCCAUGGCGCAUGGAUGAGUGGGUUGCGUGAGGCCACUUGGGUAAUCGAGGAUUUGCGAAGAAAAUCCAAACGUGAAGGGCGGUUGUAGAUCGAUAGUUCCUGCUCUCGUUGGAAUGUCACUUAUGUCUAUGAUGGAGACGCCCUGCCGCUUUUCUACUUUAAUGGACGUAUAUUUAUAGUUGAACAUUCUAAACAUCCUCAGAGUAGCGAGGCACGGAUGAUUUCUAGUCGCUUGACAGGCCAACCGAAGCGUCUACAAUAUUUAAAAUCUACACAAGUAUCUCUAAACCAGGCUUAUCGGUAGUUUUUAGCUACAAUUCUAAUCCAUUUAGUAGACAUUCACCCUUAUAUAGCUACUUUAUGAACUAGUUGAACCGUUCUAUGGCGAACCUCUAAUACACAGAAGUGGACUAACAAUACACACUGGCCUUUUACAGUCUCG